GUUUGCAUCAGAAGUCGACGCCAUUUUGUUUCAUUCUAAUAAAUUACAUAAGUUAAUGGUACUUUUACGAAGUUAGUUGAUAUAAGAUUUCAUAAAAAUGCCUCGUGGUGGAAGACGAUCAAGUGGCCGAUCAUCUCCUAUGUUUGGUAAGGCAUCAGCGCCGCCCCGAGCACCUCCGCGGCCAGUUUCUAGUGUGCCAGCAAAUAGACCAGCUUCUAGCGUGGCUCAGCCGGCUUCACCACAACAGCCAGGACUGUUUGGACAAAUGGCAUCUACUGCUGCUGGGGUGGCGAUCGGUUCUACCGUGGGUCAUGCUAUUGGUGGUGCCUUGUUUGGUGGUCAUGGUGGUGGAUCAGAGCAACCAGCUGGGUAUCAACAAGACAUGGCUGCAGUGCCAUACCAGAGUUAUUCUACUCCACAACAGCAGGGUCUGGGGGGUCCUUGUCAGUAUGAAUUGCAGCAGUUUGUGGAGUGCGCGCAGAAUCAGGGAGAUAUUACACUGUGCCAGGGAUUUAAUGAUGUGCUCAGGGAAUGCAAACUUAGAAAUGGCCUUUCCUGAGAAAAAUUAUCACUGUGGAUGCUUGUGCAGCUGCCCAGAUGUGAAGACAAGCAAGAUACAUUGCUGUGAUCACUGGCUUUUCCUAAUCACACAACAAAUACUCUUUUUGGCUAUAAAAGGUGCUUGGAUGCUUGUAAAAAGGUGUUUGCACUUGGCAAUUUGCUUGAACUGAGGAAUUCUUGUUAUUGCAUUGAAUAAUAAAAAUCCAAUUGCAAAAUUUGAAAUAAACAGGAGUCGUACAUCGU